AUGCGCGCAGGAUGUUACUUCGAGGUGCCGCGGGAAAUAGCGACGAAACGAACGGUGAUCAAUGUUAGAACGGAGGACAAUGCGUGCUUCGCGUGGUCAGUGGUUGCCGCUCUGUACCUGGCUGAAAAGUAUGGGGAGCGAGAGUCAUCGUAUCCGCAUUAUACGACGAUGUUGAAUCUCGCGAGUAUCGAAUUUCCGAUAACGUUCAAAGACAUUCCGAAAUUCGAACGGUUGAACGCGGUGUCGAUCAAUGUAUACGGCAUCGAGAAUAAACAAGUCCUUCUUCUACGGCUCACCAGUGACAAGAAGGACAAGCAUGUCAAUCUCCUGUACAUGCAAGAUCCACGCAACGACGGUGUCGGCCACUUUGCGUGGAUCAAGAACCUGUCGCGUCUUGUGAGCUCGCAAUUAAGCAAAAAAGAGCACAAGAAAUAUUUCUGCGACCGCCAGACCUCGUACUUCAGAACGAAUGAGAAAUUGCAGUCGCACACAAUGGACUGCCAGAAGAUCAACGAUUGCGCUAUUCGACUGCCGAGCGAGGACGAAAAGUGGCUCGAAUUUGGGAACCUCUGCAACAAGGAGCGCGUCCCAUUCGUCGUCUACGCCGAUCUGGAGUGCGUUUUACGAAAGACGAAACCCGACAGGGAAGAUGCGUCGUCGUACGCGUAUCACGGCAUGAGGUUAGCGUGGUUCGCGCGACAACUCAACGAUUUGGCGCAUCGCGUGAAAAAUAUCGUAUCCGCCAACGUGCCCAUGGAAACGUUGUCGAAAGAACAAUGGGAGGUGUACCGUAGCGCGACGCGUUGUCACAUCUGCGAGAAACCGUUCGCGUCGGACGACACGCGGGACACGCACUUAUCACCGCGCAAAUCUUUUUACAGUUCGUUAACGGGCGAUACCGUAUCCGAGAGCGAUUACGCUCACGCGGCGAAUGUAUGGCAGCGAUUCUCCAUCCGAACGCUCGGCGAGUACAGUGAUCUGUACUUGAAAACCGAUGUCUUGUUAUUAGCCGACAUUUUCGAAAAUUUCCGCAAAAGUUGCGUCGCGAGUUACGGUCUCAAUCCCGCACAUUAUUACACCUUGCUUGGUUUCACGCGAUAUUAA